AUGGAGCUUGAUAUGACAUGCAGUGUCAUUGAAGAGCUAAAACUAGAAGUAGCAUUGGCAGAGAAAGAACAAGCGAAACAAGACGCUAAUGUUGCGAAGCUGAGAGUGAAGAAAAUGGAGGGAGACAGUAAAAACGCAACUGGCGUAUUAAACAACAAAUGCUACACUUUGGAGUGUAUAAUUGGACGAGGGAGAUCAAAUGGUGGUCGACUAAGUUUGAAGCAGUUUCAUUCCGAUGGACUAAGGAGGUGCAUGAUCAGUAGACUUACUCGGAGAAACGCACAAGGAGAAUCGGUUACACUUACCAACCAGGAGCUAGCAAGGUUAGAAAGAACAAUUCGUCAACAGCCAAGGCAAACCGACACCACUAUGGGUGAUCACGCCAAUCAAGAGCAACUCACUGCUCAGUUGCAACAGAUGCAACAACAGAUGCUUCAAAUGCAGCAGACCAUCCAAGCUCAGCAGGAUGCUGUUGAACAGACUGCUCUCGCGCGGCAGGAACAACAUGCAAAAACUGUUCCAAUCGGGCAGAAAAACCUUCCUUGCAACAUCCUUACUACGCGCUCGAAAAAGUCUAGUACAGAGAAAGGUGUUCUCUGCUCAGCUAAUAAGAAAGAGGAGAGUGAUUGCUCCAAGAAAGAGAACAGUUCUGAUACCCAGAAAAUAGGUGAGCUGACUGUCAAGGUUGAUCAGCUACUGAAAAACAACCAAGGGCACGUCUUCAACAUGGAGCAAGCUACGGCCGGGCAGAUUCAGAACCAGAACCAGCGACAACCGCAGAACAAUCGGCAAGCUGUUCCAGCUACUGAGAACAGUCAACCGGAUGAGCUGAAGGGUAUGGGUAUGAUGAUGCAGCAGCUGUUGCAGGGUCAGCAGGUUCAGGCCAAGGUGUUGAAUCAGUUUGCUCAAACAGUUGAGAGUAUCAAGAGGCAACAAGAGACGCUACCUGGAAGAACUGAUAGAAAUCCUAGGACUGAGCACUGUAAUGCAAUAGAGCAGCCGUUUGCUGAGACUGUUCUAGGCGCAGAAGAGAACACAGAGCAGUCUGCUAGCUCUGGAGUGACUGGUCCUAGCGUACCUGCUGAAACUCCACCAGUGCGAGUUAUGUUCCUAAGGUUCCCUAUCCAAUUCCACCUAGACAUCUGA